GACAAAGAAUAUUUUAUUUUCUGUUACUCUCAUUCAGUUUUCUAUUACUUUUCUCUUCAAAUGUCUUCUAAAUUAUUAAAAAAGGGUGGGAAUACAUCGACUUCAAAUUCUUUUAAUGAUACUUCUGCUUCAAAUUCUAAACAAAAUAAUAACUUGAAGCGUAGACGAACGUUGGAGUUGGAAAUUGAGCAAACAAAUUUGGAAAUGAAGUUAAUUAAGGAUAAAUCUGAUUUGGUAUAUUUCUAA